AUGAUUUCGAGAUACUUCAUCAUCGACGACGCGGACGGUCAGAUAAAUUACUCUCCCAGUUGGCGUCAGAAUGGCUGUAGUAGUGAAUACCAGAAUACAACCCACAGUACAAAGGCCCAAGGCGCCUUCUUCACGCUCAACUUCGUCGUGUUCUAUUCCUCCCCGCCCCUGCCAUACACGAACCAUACACUUGUUGGAACCUGCGCCGACGAGGGUAGUCUGGUGUGGAUCGACUAUUUCGUGGUUGAAGUACCCUUGCAACUCGAUUUAACUAGCUUGGCGUCCUCUCCGCCAACUCCAAAAACCGUAGGCGUUACGGUCCCCGCCGUUCUCGGGACGCUUCUUCUACUGUCUACGACCUUGGUCUUAUAUCUUUGGUGCCGCCUCCGCCAAAGCGCUGCCCAACCUCCUCGUCCCUUCGAGGUGCCGCCGGCUCAGUGUCCAAGAAACCUUGAUGUUCUUUACUGUGCCGAAAAUCAUAAACCAGCUCCACCCAGUUACUACGCACGGCCCCAAGCUGAUCUGAGCUGA